CAGGGUGACAUCCCUCCUCGAUUAAAGAAGAGUGCCCAUGAAAUAAUCCUGGAUUUUAUACGCUCCAGACCUCCAUUAAAUCCUGUGUCUGCACGGAAAUUAAAACCCACACCACCACGUCCUCGAAGUCUGCAUGAACGAAUACUAGAAGAAAUUAAAUCUGAGAGAAAACUACGUCCGGUUUCUCCCGAUGAAAUUAGGCGUAGUCGGCUUGAUGUUUGUACUCCUGAAGUCACAAGAAAGCAGCCAGAGAGCACAGUGUUAAAUGGUGGUGUGACCGAGUCUUCCAGAGUAAAUGGACGCUCCACACAAUUGACUGUUCAACGGAAGAGGCUUCUAAAAGCUCCAACCCUGGCUGAGUUGGAUAGUUCAGAGUCAGAG